AUGUGGCACGUCUUGCUGGUGCCUUUUUCCGCGCUCUGGCCAGCACUGUUCUAUUGGGCCUCCUUUCUCUUCUGGCCUCAGGGACCCGUGGGUAUGGACGUGCUCCUCGUUGUCUCUGGGCAGGUCCUUCCGGGCUCACUCCAACUUGGCACCUUCGAGCUUUGCAGGUUGCUACAGUGUCACGCCCCGUGCUGGAUUGGGCCCCUUAUUCGCGCCGUCAGCUGGCUAAGCGUCACCGGGGAUCUUGGUUGCCUUGGCCGAAGUCCAGCCUUUGGUGCCUGGUGCAACUCUGGAAUCGGCAUGUAUAUGCCCUGCGGAGAUAGCGCUCGGGAUGGACAUGAGCACGCCUCUCUUGGUGGCUCUCUGCACGAUUCUGUCUCUGUUUCUGACGCUGCUUGCGCGACCGUGUGCCUCCAGGAGCUGACCUUGCUGCCUGCCCCGGUGUCCACGGCCUCUGUUUCGCCCCGUGAUUGGCCGGUCCUGGGUGUCACUGUCUAUGCCCCGCAUUAUAUGCCGAUCUCCUUCGGGGUUUCUGCUUCGCGUGGCGUUGACUUAUCGAGCCUUCUGCAGAUCAUUCGGGACUCUGACAAGCUUCCUGCUACCUGCUUGGAUGUUGUCGUGCCGAUCGCCCACCAACGUUUCCCUUGUUCGCUCGGCCUCCUUGCGUUCUCUUCAUUCCUUCAUCAGUUGAGCCCUCCCCACUCAGCUGUUAUGCUGGAUUUGAGUCGGGUCGGAGGGCAUUAUCAUGCGGCCUCCCUGCCACAGGGCAUUACGCUUGCCUGCCUUUUGCAACUGAUCAGCCAUCUGAUCUGGUAUAGGUCAGAGGAGGUCGAGGUCUGGGUAAAUGAUGCUUCCCUUCCUGCUUCCUCAGGUCUACUGCACACAAAGACGCACCUCUACCUCGAUGUCCACGGGGAACAAUGUCACACUGUCUAUGUGAAGCGUGGCAUUUCGCUGACCUGCCGACUGGACAAUGCAGACAGUCGGCCGGACCUUUUCCUUCCGGUUGCGGCUCUCGCGCAUGAUCGUCGGGCUGAACGAGAGCACUUACCGGCGCCGCUGCUUCGACUUGACGGACUCCCGCCGGAGGAUCAGAGCCCUUUAGCUGAGGAGCACGCUGGGCACGCGGAGGACGAGGAAAGCUCAGGGGAUCAGACAUGGAGCCCUACCUUUCUCCUCUUUGUGCCAGACAUGGCUCCGGAAGUUGUUAAGGUUACCCUGGAGGCUCCAUGCUCCGUUGAUGUCGCUUUGCAGGCGAUUGCUGAUGCUGCAGACCCGGAGCGAUUUCGUUUCUUUCCACAACAUUUCCCUGUGUCGCCACAGCCGUCGCAAUUUUGGGGCUCCAUCUUAGCGUUGCCAGCAUGGGCCUCGGAGGAACCCGUUGCUGUCCUGGAUCUCUUGGCGGUGGAUGGCCGGUGUUUUGCCACUUACUUGCCCAACCCGUUCACCAGGUCUCAAGCCGUCUUCGCAGCGCGUCUCCCGGCUGAGUAUGAUGUUUGGGUCUUCGCGUUUGAGGCUUUCACACCGAUGCUUCCCAGGGACAGGAUUGAUGUGGUACGCGGAGGAAAGGUCACAAUCCGCCGCCCGGGUGCAGAACACCUUGUGCAGGGGUUCUCUUUGAGAACCAUGCUCUUUUCGCCGCACUCGUGGGACCCCGAUCCAAUUCUGCCGACGCUGUCGUCCACCAGUCGGGUGUGCCUGAUCCAAGACAGCGGCUAUGAUUACUUUACGCAGGCUUCCGCUGAAGAAGACCUUCUGUAUGGAGCUCGCGUUGCCAGUGGACUUUUUGGGAGUGCCUCUCACUUUGCGGUCGGCCAAUUGACCACUCCGGACGUGCAGUGCCAUGGCUUGCCAUGUGCGGCCAUUUGUGCCAUCACAGCCUCGGGUGCUGCGGACACAGCAACGGACGAUCAGUUCUGUGUCGUGCUCAUGGACCAGCGUCCCCUUCUUGAGGGUUGGUCGCUUUGGGACACUCCCACUCGGACCCUGCGGCAUGAGGAGUUGGCCGAUGUGUUGGAGACCUUCGCGCCCGCAGGAUGGCAGGUUCAAAUUUUGGGGGCCGAAAUAGAUCAGGGUCUUCUGCAGGUCAGUAAUGGUCUGGUUCUCGUUGCCGAAUUUGUGCCUGUGACGUCCCCGGAAGAGGAACCCGUUGCUGAAGGACCCGGUGGCGACUCUCUGGAUUCUAGCGACUCCGGCUCUGACUCGGACAGCACGCAGGCUGGCGCAGACGACGGACACCCGCACGUGCCGGCCGACGCGACGGCUCAGAACAGUGCUUCCUCCAGUGGAGCCGUCAGGGAACGUAGCCGAUCACGUACUCGCGAGGCACGUGCUCAUAUUGUCCCUGCCGCCUCUUUCUUCAUUCUCGAAGGACGUACUCAUGCAGAACGCUCUCACCUUGCCGUCCUUCGUGCUGUGUCGCUUGAGCUUGGAGGUCCUUGGAUGCCGCGGCUCCCUGUCAUCUUUGAUGCGCCUUUUGCCCUCGAUGCGGAUUCCGAUGAUGCGUCUGCCUCCAAUGCGGCGGGUGUCAGACAGAUUCCAUGUGCUGUUCUGAAACUUGACUAUGUGCCCGAAAGGGUCACUGUUGCGCUCCCUCUUCCAUCUACACAGGAGGAGCUUGCCCACGAAUUACAGCAAUGCCGCGCUGCGCGAAUCAGGGAUGCGUUCCCUAUUCUAUCACCGGUGCUUCCACAACCUGUUUCCGGUGUGGCAGUAUUCAUGGCCUCUACUGCCUGGCACGGUUCUUGCGGUGUUUGCCUUGAUACGAGCGCCUUUGACAAUCGGAUGUUCAUAGCUUUUGUGCCGGAAUAUACUACGCGGGGCGUUCUUAUACGCUGCGCGGACCUCCCAACUGGUCUUGAACCGCAUGUUCGUUUCGGUGUGGAAGCUUUGCCCCUUGCUGAUGGACUUGAAGUACACUUGUAUCCAGGAGCACUCAUUCAGUUCUUACCGGGCGAAGAGCCAGUGCACCGUCUGCCCGA